AUGACUAACUUGCAAGCCUUAGAGAAGCUCAUUGUGUCACAAAAGGGUGUGACUGUGUUCUUUCUCACAGGAGACAACAACACUGAGACCAAAUUCCAGACCAAAAACAUGGACACUGACCCUGAAACAGCCAUUGACAAUGAGAUGAGGAUGAUGGACUGGCCAGUGCAGGAGCACCUGAAAGGGGCACUGGCACAUGCAGCCAAGACACACAAUAUCUCUCCUCUUCCAGUCUUUGAUCUCAAUGGUGAGAGUAUUGACCCAUCAGAUUACACUCACAAGCUCUCUGGCACCAUCAUUCGAGUGUGCUUUGCACUGAUGUACUACUCAAUCAGCAGGGACAAGAAGUAUGUCUUCAUGGCUGUCGUUCACAACAUGGUUGUCCAGCAAGAGUCAGAUGCUGCUCCUGUGAAUCCACUGAAGUGA